UCCUACCAUGAUGUACUUUUCUUUUUCUACCUUUCAAUUGCAUUGAAGCAUCAUAUCAAAACGUUUUGUCAAACUAUCAAAACCACAGGUCGCCUCACACAACAGACGGAGAAAUAUGCCAAUGCACAAUGGAUGGCUACCCCGCGAAGGUACAACCUUGAUCCCCUUCCUUAUAUUGCACGACAUGCCGCUCAUGACAAUACACAACAUAUAGGGUUCCGAAGCGAUUCCCUGGGUAGCUUGAUCAAGAAAACAGCAUUAAAUCCCGCUUUUACUUUGAUCUUUCUUCUCCUAGCUCGUUAUACGAAACGAGGAAAUGAUCUCUCAAUACUUCAUGAAACUGCAUAUUCUCGCAUUCGAAAAUUAUUCUAUUUUGGGGUUUUUAGAUUGAUUUCGAAUUAUCUGGAGAGAGGUGUUCAGAAUAAUUGGGUAGAUGAUAAAUAUGAUUGGCAGAAAGAAAUCGUGUUGAUUACAGGUGGUGCUGGAGGAAUCGGUGGACAAGUCGUCAAACUUCUAGCGGAAAAGGAUAUUACGGUUGUGGUGUUGGAUGUUAUUCCAAUGACUUUUGAAACUGGUAUGUUAUUCUACCUUUUGAAGUGGAACAUUCGAUGGAUACUAACUUUGCGUUAAAGCAUCCAAUGUCCAUUACUACAAAUGUGAUAUCACCUCACCAUCUACCAUAUCCACCGUUGCAACUCGCAUUCGCUCAGAAGUGGGCAAUCCAACCGUCCUCAUCAAUAAUGCUGGUGUUGCGCGCGGGAAAAGUAUCCUCGAUUCCAGUGAAAAGGAUGUCCGCUUUACAUUCGACGUCAAUACAAUUUCCCACUAUUUCAUGGCCAAAGAAUUCGUCCCAUACAUGGUCCGAAAAAAUCACGGUAUGAUCGUCACCGUCGCAAGUCUGGCAGCCUACAUGACCGUCCCAAACAUGACUGACUACGCCUCAUCCAAAGCAGCGGCUCUCUCCUUCCACGAAGGAUUAACCGCCGAACUUCUCACCAAGUACCACGCCCCAAAAGUAAGAACGAUACUGAUUAAUCAGGGAUACACCAAAACGGCUCUCUUCCAAGGCUAUAAAAAUGAUUCUACGUUCUUGCUACCGACGUUGGAGGUAGAUACCGUGGCGGAGGGAAUCGUGAAGAAGAUCUUGAAGGGAAAGAGUGGUCAGGGUAUUUAUCCUGGGUUUGGGGUCUCGUUGACCUGGUUGAGGGCCUUGCCGGGUUGGUAUCAGAAUAGACUUAGGACGCAGGGUCAGCAUAUUAUGACGGAUUGGAAGGGGAGGCAGGUGCUGGAUGUGGAGAAGUUUUACGAGGAGAAGGAGAGGAGAAGGAGAAAGAGAAAGAGAAAGGGAAAACGCUGGAUGAUGAGAAGCAGAAGGAGAAGGGGAACGGAGGUGAUGUGGAGAGCGCGUAGGUUUUUAGUAAUUGUGAAGGUGGGAUUUCAUAGCUAAUGAGAUUUAGGUCCACGGUUUUGGUAAAUCCUUGAUAUAUUUUUCAAGGCAAAUUUUGGGGUUGAAAGUGGGAAAUUUAUAAUGGUGUAACAUUGGGAUUGUUGCUUUGGAUUAGCUUGAAUUCGCCUUGGUUUAUCCAUACCACUAUAUAUCUAGCUUUAAUUACUUCAAUGAUUUAUUCAAUGCUAGUGAUGAAUCUUUC